GUCAGUUCGAUUUGCGCUAGGUCUUAACCCGUCGAUGGCUUUGCGCCAGUCAACCAUUAGCUCCACCUCGCUUGCGUAUAGAAACAUCGCUUGUCUCAAUCUUCGUAGCUCUCACCGUUGGGCGCCUCUAGUUUCUCAAACGUCGCAGUUGACGACCCGCAAGAACAAUGUUGCACUCUGGAGCACUGUCGGCAUAGUCUGCUUUGGCUUGGGAGUCAAUGAACUUGCUUCCCCUACCUUGCGCUGCGAUGCCCCUCCUCGUCCUCCUCUGCCAUUAUCCAGCGAGAUCAAUGCUCCUCCCGCCCCUUCUUCUAUGGUCAAUAUGCGCGAGUUGACAUUUGGAACGGUAUGUGGGGUUUGCGCCGGUGUGUUCAUCAAGAAGGGAGCCAGACUGGUGGCUUUCUGCCUCGGUGGUGUAUUCGUUCUUCUUCAGUUCCUGGGAUCCGCUUCCAUUGUCCGGAUCGAUUGGAGGCAAGCAGGGGCUCGUUUUGAAAACCUUUUCUACAGGACGGACAGCCUUGGGCAUAAGAGAGCUCCAACCAUCGGUUCUAUUUGGAACGGCCUAGUGAACUUUCUGACGGCGGACUUUCAGCCUCGAGCGUCUUUUGUCGCUGGCCUUGCCCUUGGCAUCCGCAUUGGCUAGCUGACGAAGCUUUAGGUUACGGGUAUCUUACAACUAUGUUCCAUGUUAUCAUUGAGAGCAUAUCCAAAUUUGAGGUUGCCUGAGCACCAGGAGGACAGAGUAAAGAGAAGUGUCAAAGACCGACAAAU